AGCAUAAAGAGAGAAUUGGAUUCCCACCUUUGUCUCCUUCACCUCCUCAUAAAAUCUCCCUCUUUCCUUCCUUCGAUAACCUAAAGAUCAUUAACUUACAACAGCCAGUCAUCUCUGCCUUUUCCUUUAUUCUUCCCGGCUCCCCAGGAAACAUCCUUUUUACCACUCUCUCCUCUGGUUACAGGAAGAAAAAAUUCAAGUAAAAGAAGUGUUAUUUUGGUGGAAAAAUACUCAAAUUUCAAGGUAGUAGAAUGUCGGCGAAUCCAACGGUGCAAAGCAAUUGCGGGUUUAUGAAUUGCGAAAAGCUGGAUAGGAUGGCGAAUUGGGUCGGGAACAGCGUAGCCUCGGCGUUCUUCGCAUCACUGGAACGCUGCUCCUGCAUCAACCUCAGCACCUCCCAUGACGACGGCGAUGAUGACGAUUUUGAAGAGGCCAAGGACCGCCCCCUCAUCCUCACAAAACCCAUCUCCUUCGACGAUCCUGCUUCUCUCCACCACCACCACCCUACCUCCACCGCCGCUUGACUAUUUGGGCCAACAAACCCGGAAAAUCCAUUGCCUUGUACCAAAGCGUUUAAUGCUUUUGUUUCGAUUGUAAAAAGGUAGAAGAAAAAAAUCCUUUUUUUUUUUAAAAUUUUCUUUUCCGUUCAUCAUCAGUGGGAUUCGGACCCCUCUGCUCUUUUUCUUUUUGCUCUGAGAGGACUACGAGCUUAGAAGGAUGUGGCUUUCUGUUAAUAUUGGUAAUGAUCAUGCCUGCAACAUGUAAUUUCUGCUCAAUAAAAGUUCAGACCUUUUGCCCA